AAAGGCCUGUGGUGAUUUAUCCUGCAGCAGCCACCUCUUUCCUCUCUGUCUCCUUCUCUCCUUUCCUAAAGCAGCCCAUCAGCAAACCAACAUGGCACCAAAGAAGCCUGAACCUAAGAAGGCUGAACCUAAGAAGGAAGAACCUAAACCAGCACCUAAACCAGCAGAACCAGAACCCAAAAAAGAAGUUGAAUUUAACCCAGCUUCUGUCAAAGUUGAAUUCACCCCUGAUCAGAUUGAAGAAUUUAAGGAAGCCUUCUCACUCUUCGACCGAACUCCUAAAUCUGAGAUGAAAAUCACAUAUGCACAAUGUGGAGAUGUCUUGAGAGCUCUGGGGCAAAAUCCAACCCAGGCUGAGGUCAUGAAGCUGCUUGGCAGACCCAAACCAGAAGAGAUGAACUCCAAGAUGAUCGACUUUGAGACCUUCCUGCCCAUGCUCCAGCACAUUGCCAAGACAAAAGACACAGGCACCUACGAGGACUUCGUGGAGGGUCUGCGUGUCUUCGACAAGGAGGGAAAUGGGACAGUGAUGGGGGCUGAACUCCGUCAUGUUUUGGCUACACUGGGUGAGAGGUUGACUGAAGAGGAAGUUGAUAAGCUAAUGGCUGGCCAGGAAGAUGCCAAUGGCUGUAUCAACUAUGAAGCUUUUGUGAAACAUAUCAUGGCCAACUGAACACCAGGACAAGACAGAUGCCGGGAACCCCAGAUACUGGCCUUGGAUUUCAGUGUAAGGGAAUGUCUCCUCAUUUUUCAUCCCAGAUUCCCA